UCAUGGAUUCUUGGUCUGACCCAUGCCUAGAUUUUGCAUUCAAGACUCUUACAGGUGCAAUACCAAUAGAGGAUGAUUUGUUUCAGGGUUACUUCCAAGAAAAAAUCGAAACCUCUCACAACCACAGAGAUAGCUUGGCACUACCAGAUUUUGGAUCACCCAGCUUUUUUCAAAGUGAUAUAUUACCUCAGUUUGACGCACCAGAACAAUCUAUUUCAGGCCAACAGUUACCAAUGAAUUAUUCGUUCCUGCCUUCAGGAAAUGUGGGCAUGUCAAAUUGCAAUGGGGUUGCUUCAAGCCAACAGUUACCCAUGAAUCCUUCAUUCCUGCCUUCAGGGAAUGUGAGCAUGUCAAAUUGCAACGGGGUUGCUUCAAGCCAACAGUUAUCCAUGAAUCCUUCAUUCCUGCCUUCAGGGAAUGUGAGCAUGUCAAAUAGCAAAGGGGUUGCUUCAAGCAAUCAGUUAUCCAUGAAUCCUUCAUUCCUGCCUGCAGGAAAUGUGAGCUUGUCAAAUUGCAGUGGGGCCGGUUCAGGCCAACAGUUAUCGAUGAAUUCUCCAUUCCUACCUGCAGGAAACGUGAGCUUAUCGAAUUGCGGCGGGGUUGAUUCACAGAAGCCUUGCUUAGGAGACAGUAAGGAUUAUCGUGGAAAGGUAAAGUCCUAGAAGAAAGGUAAUUCCUAUCUGUAAUGGUACACAGGUUUCAGCAAGUUAUACAUUUUGAAACCUUGUAGCUGCAUGUCUCCUGUGUUGUAGCAAAGAAUUCCAUCUGAAUAUAACAUUUAUUUUGCAAGUGGAUAUUUACCUUUACCUUUUUUCCGUAUGUAUUGACUGGCCAGGAGAAAUAUUUAAACUCUCAAGGGAGUCUUUGCAAGUCAAAACUGUUGUAGUUCUUACCGCAGAUAAAAUGCAUCAUAGUGCUGUUAAUGAAAA